AUGGCCUCAUCCGACAAAAAAUCAAAAGACCCCAUUUUAUCAUUAUUUGCUGGAAGCGUAGGAGGUGCCGUUGAAGGUAUGGCAACAUACCCCACAGAAUACGUCAAGACUCGCCUACAACUGCAAGCUGGUGGCACUCUCCAUCCAGGAGAGGUAAUUUUCAAAGGGCCCAUUGACUGUUUCACUAAAAUUGUAAGGACGCAGGGUCUCCUUACUAUUUAUACUGGUGUAUCCGCUUUGGCAAUAGGAAAUGCUGCUAAAGCAGGCGUCCGAUUCUUGUCAUAUGAUCAAUUCGCUAACGCACUGCGAGAUGACAAUGGUAAACUCACACCUUUCCGUAGUAUGCUAGCAGGUCUUGCAGCAGGUAUGACAGAGGGAGCUCUGGUAGUGACACCCUCAGAAACCAUCAAAACAAAAAUGAUUCACGAUAAGAACAGUGGAACACCAAAAUACAAAGGAUUAGUUCACGGCACAAAAAUGAUCAUAGCAGAAGAAGGAAUGGGGGGUAUCUACCGUGGAUUAGGUCCUGUCAUGGCAAAACAAGGUGCAAAUAGUGCAGUGCGAUUCAGUUGUUAUACUUCCUUCAAAUCUAUGCUACAAUCAUGGCGAGGAAAAGGCGACGAACCAUUGCCUUCCACGCAUACGUUUGCUGCUGGUGCAUUAGCUGGUGUUGUUACAGUUUAUACAACAAUGCCUUUGGAUGUAGUGAAAACAAGAAUGCAAGGUUUAGAUGCCAAGAAAUUGUAUAAAAACUCUCUGGACUGUAUUGCCAAGGUGGUAAAAGCGAAUGGUGUUUUCUCACUCUGGAAAGGAACUACACCACGUCUCGUCAGACUUAUCUUUUCUGGUGGUAUCAUCUUUACAGUAUAUGAGAAAGUGUAUCAUACGCUGGAUGCAUUGAAAAAUUAA